ACCACAGGGUGACAGAGGCUGCUCCCCGGGGGCCCACGGUCAGACGAGGGCAGGAGAGGGUGGUCCACGGCCAGGACAGGGAUGGCUGAGCGCACGGGCAGUAGUGCGGGCCUAUUGGCCAAGCAGAUGCAGAAGAAGUUCAGCCGGGCCCAGGAGAAGGUGCUGCAGAAACUGGGGAAAAUAGCAGAAACUAAAGAUGAACGCUUUGAACAGGCUGCCCAAAACUUCCACCAGCAGCAGGCUGAAGGCCAAAGACUAUACAAAGACUUGAGACAUUUCCUUAAUGCUGUCAAAGUGAUGCACGAGAGCUCGAUGAAACUGUCGCAAACUCUGCAUGAGAUCUACAACAAUGAGUGGGAAGGCUACAGGGACCUGAAAGUCAUUGCAGCGAAUAAUAAUCUCCUUUGGGAAGAUUAUGAAGAGAAACUGGCUGACCAGGUGGUGAGAACCAUGGAGAACUACAUAUACCAGUUCAACGAAGUUAAGGAGAGAAUUUCCAAGCGAGGUCGGAAACUAGUAGAUUAUGACAGUGCCCGGCACCACCUCGAAGCAGUACAGAAUGCCAAGAAGAAAGAUGAGGCUAAAACCCUCAAGGCAGAGGAGGAGUUUGUCAAAGCACAGACCGUGUUUGAGGACCUGAACAGGGAGCUACUGGAAGAACUGCCUCUUCUCUACAGCAGCCGCAUUGGCUGCUAUGUGACCAUCUUCCAGAACAUCUCCAACCUCAGGGAUGUUUUCUAUAAGGAAAUGAGCAAGCUGAACCAUGACCUGUAUGAAGUGAUGAGCAAACUGGAGAAGCAAUAUUCCAGCAAAGUCUUCGUGGUCAAGGGAGUAUCCAAGAACCGAGGCUCCUUGGUCAUCUCAUCCCCAAUCCCUAGAACCAGUGUUUCCCUAACCUCUGGGGAGGGCAGCCCUCUCGCCUCCCCCAGCAGUCCUUCUCCUACAGGUUCUUCUCCCAGAAGUCCCUCUCCUUCAAGCGUCUCUCCCAGAAGCUCCUCUCCUAUGAGCCCCUCUCCCAGAAGUUCCUCCCCUACUCUCCUCUCUUCUAGAAGCCCUUCUUCUACUGUCACCUCCCUCUUUUCCUUGAAGAAGGAAAGGGAGUCAGUCUCUGAGGAUGAGAAGGCUCCAGAACUAGAUCAGAAAGAAGACUCCUCUGAAUUCCAGGAUGACCCCUUUGACGAAGAGAAGAGAGGGGACAUAGUUGGCCCUAGUGUUGAAGAAAAGUUUGUGCCACCCUGCAAUGGCCCAGAUGGGUCACGACCCUCUUCUGUAGUUGAGGCUGAGCUGCAAGAUGAAAGGUCCCCCUCUAACACAGAUCCAGAAUCCACUGGAAUCUUGCCUUCUCCCAAGGAGAUUCCAUUACCAACCCCAGAGGUCUCCCAACCCUUAUCCCCUAGGGAAGAAUCAGGCCCAGAAAGGGAGAGAACACCUAGUUUCAAAGCUUCAGUUGUACCCAGUAGGCCACCUCCUCCUAAAGACCCACCCAGCCCAGGCACCUUACCUGAUCUCAAGCCAGCUGAGAAGCCAUGCACACCUGAAGUCAGUCAAGGGGAUGGCAGCACCAGGGGCUUUGAGGAGCAUGUUUCCCCUGCUUCACUGAUCACAGAGGUUCCCUCUGAACUUGGCACAAAAGUGGAGAUAAACAGUGAAGAGAGAGAGGAAUCAGACCAGAGCAAGAAACAAGAUUCAGACAUUUCCCUUCAGGUGAAGGGAUGUCUGAAAGAGGAAGAAAACUGAGCAAGAACUUCCCAACCUUGACCCUCCCACACCUUCCCAGCCCAGCUCUCCAAACUGGGGAAGUGGCAAGUGUAAGAACAAGCCAAAUGGCCAAGGAGGCCGCUGGCCAGCAGGCCUCCCUUUCUGGGCAGUGUGAAUGAAUGCUGGCCUCAAAACCCUAAGGGAAUAGCAGCCUCGAACGAGGAGGGCAGGAGAGGGAGCCUUGGCUGGAAGAGUGACCCAGAGAAUAGUUAAGUCAAGUUUGGGAAUCGUUAGCAUAAUAAAGGCUGGUUUUCGUUUUC